AUGGUUCUUACGCGUAAGCUUAAGUACGAUACCCCAGUCCUGAGCAUGGGCGGGGUCGGCAUACGCAUGUCAAAGGAAAUCAAACUGCUGGGGUUAACCAUAGACAGCAAGCUGACAUUCAACAGCCACGUAGCGAACAUUUGCAAAAAGGCUUUGAAUCUUUAUAAGCAGCUGUCUAGGGCCGCCAAAAUAAGUUGGGGCUUACAUCCAGACGUCAUUAGGACGAUCUACGUUGCUGUGGUUGAGCCAGUCAUCAUGUACGCCUCUAGUGCUUGGGCUUCGUCAGCUAAAAAACUGGGAGUGCAAAAGCUGCUGAAUGCGGUUCAAAGAGGAUUUGCCCAAAAAUUGUGCAAGUCCUACCGCACCACCUCCCUCAACUCGGCACUGGUGCUGGCAGGACUACUCCCCCUGGACCUCAGAAUACAUGAGGCAGCAUCCCUGUCUGAGGCAAAGAGGGGAGUGGGCCAGCUGGCGACAGGAGACGGAGAGAUGGAGCGCACGACCAAAUUCCAAACAGUACGCAUAUACACCGAUGGCAGCAAAAUUGAUGGCAAGGUCGGGGCCUCAUUGUCUUUCAGGAGCAAUGAGGUCGAGACCAAGUGCAAGAAAUUGAAGCUGUCAUCGUACUGUACGGUCUUCCAGGCGGAACUGUUAGCUAUAUGUAGGAGCACUAGGGAGAUCAUAAAGCACCCAAAAGACAGCUUCGGAAUCUACAGUGACUCAAGGUCGUCACUAGAAGCCGUCACAAAUAAUCGCUCUCUCCAUCCCUUAGUGGUCGAAAUCCGUCGUAAUCUAGAAGAGUGCAAGCGCAGGAAUAAACGCGUUGCACUCUUCUGGAUUAAAGCUCACGCGAGCCUAGAGGGAAAUGAGAGAGCUGACCAGCUCGCAAAAGAGGCCACUCUGAAGCUGAAGACCAAGCCAGAUUAUGACCUGUACCCUCAUGCGUCAGGCGACAGAUCCGUUUGGGGCCGCUUGAGGUAUGGAACAAAAGGUACAGUGAUGGCGAAACCGCAGCAACUACGAAGCUUUUCUUCCCAGACGCCAUAA